AUGGCACAGCCGAGUCCCGACGACAGUCCCAUCGAAAGGUCCGAUGGCAGCCUCACGGAUAAGCCCAACGACAGUGACGGGGUUGUUGAAAAGUUCGAAAGUGGUGAGAAUCAAAAAAGCCCCACGUCAUCACCAUCACCACAGUAUGGACACAACAUUCGCAGUGCCCGUGUCACGGACAAGUAUGUGUUUUUCUGGAACGGUCCCCUGUCGAACUGGAACGCUGGCCGACCUUUUAGUGGUCGUCGAGCAAUGGACCUUUUGAUCGACAGACUCGACCGCUCCCAAAUCUCUCGUCCGUCCCGUACGGCGUUGUCAACUGUCAUGAUGGGCCGUCACGAAUUCAACUGUGGUGAACAAUUCAUGAUGGCCUGCAAGGGUUGGUUGUUUGAGACGGCCACGAUCAGAGGUGCAGACUUGGAUACGUCGACGCUUGCAGAAGACAAUGUUGAGAGGAUUUGUAAAGCGAUACUAGGGGAUGGAGAUGACGGUACCAGAAAACAGGGGCAGGGACAGCGACAGCAACCCGUCGGACAUGAACGUGUACAGCAAUCUAAGCCAGACCAAAGGAAAUCGAACACCACCAUCAAUAAAAACACCAGGAACAAGAAGUCGUCGUCGUCGUUGUCGUCGUCGUCGACGACGAAAAAAGAUCGAAGAGGCAUCGAUGUUGAUGUUGACGUAGAAACCGAGAUUGACAUCGGAAUCGAUCAUGAUGGUAUCGCUGGAGGCACUCUCGCUGCUUGCCUCCUCACGCCGGACCCGAGGUUACAAAAGGCCCUGGGCAGACGCACACGCGGGUUCGACGAGAAAGUUUGGAAAAAGGCGAGCAAAGCUGUCGCGGUGGCGGGUAGUAUCGCCCGCGCCGAGGCCGACGAGGAACUGCGACACGUGUAUUUGGGUGCGGCCGGGGUCGAGUGUAGCAACAGAAACUUUGUAGAAGGGUCACCUAUGGACAAAGUCUGGGGCAUUGGAUUGAGGUGGGACGAUCCUUGGGCCGACGACGAGACACAUUGGCGUGGCGAGAAUAGACUUGGAAAGUGUCAUGACGAGGCUGCCGAAUGGCUUAGACAGGAGUACAACAAGUGA